CAGUUCGUGACAGCGGAAUCCCGGCUCACUUGACGUACAGAAAUUUUGUAUUGGUUUCUCCCUCCCAGGUCCAAACAAAAUCAUUUAAUUCUAGUUUGGUCUUGAAUCUUAUACAGUGUACGUAUGCUCGUGCUCAUAACAUUGCAUAACGUAAGGCGGAUUUUCAUGUUGAUUGUUAAAAUCUUUGAGUUCAACUUUCUUACAGUGUACCUGAUGUGUCAAUCAACGUUCAUAAAAAUCAAAACAGUGUUUCCUUCAUCGCUUAUUCUGGAUUUUUACUGCAUUUUAUUUGUAUGUAAAGUUUUAGUGAACAUCCUGAAAAUUUGUAUUCAAAACUUGUGCUCUUUUAGCAGAACAACAGAAAGCAUCAACAUGGACACGGCUUCCAUUUCAUCCGACCACAAAGAUAACGCAGAAAAGUUGGUCACUCAGAUGAAACCCGAAGACAUGACCUCCAGGGAGUACUAUCUGGACUCGUACGCUCAUUUCGGAUCCCACGAGGAAACUCUGAAAGACGAGGUGCGAACUCUGACCUACCGCAACGCCAUAUACCACAACAAGCACCUGUUCAAGGGCAAAACCGUGCUGGACGUGGGCUGUGGCAUGGGAAUCUUGUCGCUGUUUGCCGCCAAAGCCGGUGCUGCGCGGGUUAUCGCAAUCGAUUGUUCCAACAUUAUCGAUCACGCCCGCAAGAUAGUCGAAGCGAACCGUCUUGAUCAUGUGAUUACAUUGAUCCGUUCCAAGGUGGAAGCUGUCGAGCAGCUUCCGGACGGCAUUCCGGAAGUGGACAUAAUCCUAUCCGAGUGGAUGGGAUACUGUCUGUUCCACGAGGCGAUGCUGGAUACAGUUAUCUACGCCCGGAACAAGUGGCUCAAGCCCAAUGGUAUGAUGUUCCCUGAUCGUUGCACUCUGUUUGUGACGGCCAUCGAAGAGCGCCAAAGCAAGGACGAACGGAUCAACUGGUGGGAAGACGUGUACGGGUUCAACAUGAGCGCCAUUCGGAAGGACGCCAUCAACGAGCCCCUGGUGGACGUGAUUGAUCCCCGCCAGAUCGUCACCAGCUCGUAUCUGAUCAAGGAAAUUGACAUGUACACCGUGGUCCGGCAGGAUCUCAACUUUGAAUCCCCUUUCCAUUUGAUCGCCAAACGGAACGACUUCGUCCAGGCGCUGAUCACGUAUUUUAAUGUGGAGUUUACCAAGUGCCAGCAGCGGUUGGGCUUCAGCACCUCGCCGGAGUCACCGUACACCCACUGGAAGCAGACGGUGUUCUUUCUGGACGAGUAUUUGACCGUGAAGAAGGGCGAGGAAAUCUGCGGGAAGUUUGCGAUGAAGAUGACCGGCCAGAGGAAGAAGAGCAAGGAGUUGAAGUUUACAAUCGACGUGCGCUUCGAGGGGGAGCUGGCACAGAUUGUGGAGAGCAAUCAGUAUUUGAUGCGCUGAUGGAUUCGGCCAACGAGUUAUUUUCCGGAAAGCUGUUUAUAGCUGUUAAGUUUAGUUUUACUGCUCAGAAAAGCAAUGACAAGUCUUAAAAUCACAGAAAGUGAACUAUCUCGCUAUCAGAGAUAGAAAAAAAUGAAUUCGAAUCAUUAUUAACUUUCAGACAAACAUUCGUGCAAGUUAAAUCUCCUUUUUGUAUAAAAUCAUUAGAAUUAAUGUAUGUCCAAUGGUUCUACAUCGGUCAGAAAUAUACGGGAACAUUCUCAUAUGAAUAUGAAAAAGGA